GCAGGACGGAGGGUGUGCGGGGUGGCCAGCACCCUCCUGGCUGGCUGUGGCCCCCAGCCCCAAGGGGCUUGGUCAUGGUCCAGCCGUGAUUUGGCGUAGGCUGGUCCCCAAACCCCAUGCCUUUGGCCAAGGGGAGGGCAGAGAGUGGGGCAGGUGAGGGGACAGCCAUGCUCUGCAGGGCAGGGGUGUCCUGGGAACGCCGCAGCAUGCCGGGGCCGCUGUGCCAGGAGCAGUGAUGCCAGCAGGUGCCACUGGGUGCUGCCGAGAAUGGGGCACGGUUCCCUGAGGACACGGCUCGGCCUCGCCCCGGCCGUGCCUCCACCAGCAGAACGUGCCCGUGUCACCCCGCGGAGAGAUCAGAUCCUGGGAAAAGGAGUUUCUGUUCCCGGUUUGAGACCCGGCGCCUCCCUGUCCCCACCCUGUCCCUCACGGGGACUUUGCUCCUCGGCUUCUGCUGUGCCCCCGCUGACACCCCAGCCCGGGGGACCCCUGGCAGACCUCCUGGGGGUGACCCACAGGGUCUGGGGGGGCUUGGGCUGCUUUCCCUGCCAGGGCAGAGCUCUGGGGGGAAGCAUGUGCCCCCACCCCCCGUGACAGUGCCCCAGCCCUGGAGGGUUUGCAUGGCUCCCCCAACGGCCGGGGGGUCUGCGCCGCGGGGUGCAGGUGAGGCUGCGUCCGUGGGACCCUCUGUCCCCCAGCCCCGUGCUGUGCCGGUCGGGACCCCCAGCUGGCCCGGGCCGUGGCUGGUGGGAGGACCGAGUGUGGCCCCAUGGCAUGUGCAGGCUGCUGGGUGCCACGGGCCACAGGCACGUGCCUGCUGGGGUGGGCCCACGGAGCCCGGAGUUUGACCCCCGUGUGUGGGCCUGGCCAUGCGACCUUGGACUUUGCGAGGGCUGCGGGCAGGGCGGGCUCCCCGGCUCCACCCGGACCCCCCGCGGCUUCCCCUUCCCGCUCUGCCCCCCUGCUCCGUGGGGCAGCCUGGCGGGGGGCAGCCCAGCCAGCGUGCCUGCCCGCCGUGCCCCCAGCCCCAGCAGCAGCAGGUGCCUCACAGGCGGAGGGGCAGCCGGGACCCCCUGGCAGUGGCACAGACCCUGUGGAGGGCAAACAUGGCGACACUGAGCCAAAGGCCGGGCUUGGGUACCAGGCUCCUUGGCGAGGUGGGGACGUGGCCGCCGGCUGUGACCACCCGCUCUGUCCCUCCUUUUGCAGGGCCCAGCGCUUGGGAGGGACCCCCGGAGUCCUGGCCCAUGGCCUGUGCCCACUCCCAUCCAGCCCAUCCCUGAGGGUGCAAUGCCCAGCUGCCUCCCGCCAUAGUGGCACGGGGUGUCAGUGCUCGGCAGGGCCAGGAGGAGGGCGGGCAGAAAGCUCAUCCCGGGGCCCUCUGCCCCCCCGAGCCUCAUGGUAGUUUAAUACUUCACCCAUUAACUUGGACUAAUAAACCUCGUGGGAGCAAGAGGCUAAAAGCCGUGCCAGGCGGGCAGCCCCUCCUGCGCGAGCACUGCUCCCACAGCACAGCCAUGGCAGCCGGCUUCUUCAUCAGUAAGACCGUGGGCAUCGUGGCCAUCGUGCUGGGCGUGGGGGCCGUGGCCACCAUCAUCGCGCUCUCGGUGGUGUAUGCCCAGGAGAAGAACAAGGUGACGGACACUGGCAACACCGAAACCACCACCACGGCCACCACCACCACGGCCACCACCACCACCACGCCCGACCCCAGCCUGCCCUGGAACCGGUGGAGGCUGCCAACAAAUCUGAUGCCAGAGCUCUACGAGGUGACCCUGCAGCCCUUCCUGAAGCCCGAUCUCAACAACAUGUACAUCUUCAAGGGCAACAGCAGCGUGGUCUUCGUCUGCAAGGAACGCACCAACCUCAUCCUCAUCCACAGCAACAAGCUCAACUACACCAUGCAGGGGUCCUUCAUGGCCUCGCUGGAGGCGGUGGACGGCUCCAGCGUCCCUCGCAUCACCAAGACCUGGCUGGUGCCCCUCACCCAGUACCUGGUGGUGCAGCUGGAUGGUGAGCUGCAGCAGAACCAGCGCUACCGGCUCUCCAGCAGCUUCACCGGGGAACUGGCCGACGACCUGGCUGGCUUCUACCGCAGUGAAUACGUGGAUUCCGGCGAGACGAAGGUGGUGGCCACCACGCAGAUGCAGGCGGCUGACGCGCGGAAAGCCUUCCCCUGCUUUGAUGAGCCAGCCAUGAAAGCCAACUUCUCGGUGACGCUGAUCCAUCCCUCCGACCACAGCGCCAUUUCCAACAUGCCUGCCAAGAGAAGCCAGCAGGUGGUGAUAGACAAAGAGAAUUGGACCAUCACCGAGUUUGAGACCACCCCCAAAAUGUCCACCUACCUGCUGGCCUUCAUCGUCAGCCAGUUCAACUACACGGAGAACAAGUCAGAUAAUGUGACGAUCCGCAUCUGGGGCCGCCCCAAGGCCAUCGCCGAGAAGCAGGGCGACUAUGCCCUCCAGGUGACUGGCCCCAUCCUCAAGUUCUUCGAGGGGCACUACAAGACACCGUACCCGCUGCCCAAGUCCGACCAGGUCGGCCUCCCCGACUUCAACGCGGGGGCGAUGGAGAACUGGGGGCUGGUGACCUACCGGGAGAACUCCCUGCUCUUCGACAACAACUUCUCCUCCAUUGGCAACAAGGAGCGGGUGGUCACUGUCAUCGCCCAUGAGCUGGCCCACCAGUGGUUCGGGAACCUGGUGACACUGAAGUGGUGGAACGACCUGUGGCUGAACGAGGGCUUCGCCUCCUACGUGGAGUACCUGGGUGCCGACUCGGUUGAGAAAUCCUGGAAUAUCAAAGACCUGAUGGUGCUCAACGAGGUGUACACGGUGAUGGCCACGGAUGCCCUGGCCAGUUCCCACCCCCUUUCCUUCCCCGAGGCGGAGAUCAACACCCCGGCCCAGAUCAGCGAGGUCUUUGACAGCAUCGCCUACAGCAAGGGAGCAUCAGUGCUGCGGAUGCUCUCCGACUUCCUCACCGAGGACAUCUUCAAGGAGGGGCUGCAGUCCUACCUCCACACCUUUUCCUACGGAAACACCGUCUACAAGGACCUUUGGGAUCAUUUGCAAACGGCCGUCACCAAGAACAAUGUCUCGCUGCCCAAAUCCAUCAGCGACAUCAUGGACACCUGGACGCUGCAGAUGGGCUUCCCUCUGGUGACCGUCAACACCCUCACCGGGGCCAUCGAGCAGAAACACUUCCUGCUGGACCCCAACUCUGUGGUGGACAGACCCUCCACCUUCAACUACACCUGGAUUGUCCCCAUCACCUGGAUGACAAAUAUGACGACUGCGGCCACUGGGGACAGGUACUGGCUGACCAAAAAAUCAGAUACCAACGAUACCUUCAAGGUGGGCAGCAACAACUGGCUCCUGCUGAACCUGAAUGUCAGUGGGUAUUUCCGUGUCAACUACAACCAGGAGAACUGGGAAAAUCUCCUCACCCAGCUCUCCAGGGACCACCGGAGCAUCCCCGUGAUCAACCGUGCCCAGAUCAUCGAUGAUGCCUUCAACCUGGCCAGGGCCAAGUACAUCAACGUGACCUUGGCCUUGGCCACCACGCAGUUCCUGAGCCGGGAAACAGAGUACAUGCCCUGGGAGGCAGCGCUCAACAACCUCCAGUACUUCCAGCUGAUGUUUGACCGCAGCGAGGUCUUCGGGGUGAUGACGAAAUACAUAAAGAAGCAGGUGACCCCCCUCUUCAACCACUACAAGGAUGUCACCAACAACUGGGUCAACAUCACCCAGGACCUGAUGGAUCAGUACAACGAGAUCAAUGCCAUCAGCACGGCCUGCUCCUACGGCAUCACCGAGUGCCAGGACCUGGCCACCAAAUACUACGAAGAAUGGAAGAACACCAGCAUUAACAAGAUCCCCCCAAACCUGCGCUCCGCCAUCUACUGCAGCAUCGUGGCCACGGGCGGGGAGGAGGCCUGGGACUUCAUCUGGGAGAAGUUCCGAAAUGCCACCGUCGUGUCUGAGGCUGACAAGCUCCGCACCGCCCUCUCCUGCAGCCCCCAGCCCUGGAUCCUCAACCGGUACCUGCAGUACACCCUUGACCCCACAAAGAUCCGCAAGCAGGAUGCCACCGCCACCAUCAACAGCAUCGCCAGCAAUGUGGUGGGGCAGCCCUUGGCCUGGGACUUCAUCCGCAGCAACUGGAAGAAGCUCUUCAGCCAGUAUGGGGGCGGCUCCUUCUCCUUCUCCCGGCUGAUUUUGGCGGUGACCCAGAGGUUUUCCUCCGAGUUUGAGCUGCAGCAGCUGGAGCAGUUCAAGGCGGACAACCAGGACGUGGGGUUCGGGUCGGGGACGCGGGCGCUGGAGCAGGCGCUGGAGAGGACCCGUGCCAACAUCAACUGGGUGAAGGAGAACCAGGGGACGGUGCUGGCCUGGUUCCAGGAGCAGGCCACGGCUCCCGCCGCCUAACCCUGCCCCCUUGGCCACCACCCACCCUCCCGACCUGGCCACGGGGCCAGCUGGCACAGGACGGGCUGAUGGGGGCUGAACUGGAGCUCACGGACCCCAUGGCCACGGGGCUGGACUCUCACCCACUCCCCAGCUCCACUCACUCCACACUCUCCAGCCCCACACACUCCCUCCUGGUGCCCCCCGGGCCAGCCCCGGCCGGUCCUUCGGUGCCCAUGAGGUGUGGGGGCUGUUGCCCAUGGGCAAGGCCUGGCGCCUGUAUGAUGGGCAACGGGGCGGGGAUGGGGGGCUCCGGGCUGGUGGGGGGUCCCGCUGCCCUCAGCUGCCCGGAGCGGCGCUGGGCUCUGCA